AUCCAAAUCUUCCAAUCUUGAACAAAAAAAAACUUCAAUAUUAGGACAAUCAAUAUGGCUAUUCCUUCCUUACUUUGCUCUCUCCUAAUCAUAAUUUUCACUUCUCAAACCAAAGCUGAUGUUGUAUACGAUGAAAUCAAUUUAUACCACUACGUUUGUGAUCAAGACAACAAUAGAGGUAACUACACAACAAAUAGCACCUAUGACAAAAACCUCAACACACUUUUAUCAACUCUCACUUCCAACACAGAAAUCAACUACGGUUUCUACAAUUUUUCACAUGGCGAAAACAGCGACAAAGUCUACGCGAUCGGACUAUGCCGAGGGGAUAUUAUGCCAAAUAGUUGCCGCAGUUGCCUCAGUAGCGCCAGAACAAAUCUCACACGUAAUUGUCCAAAUCGAAAAGAGGCUAUUUUUUGGUCAGAAGAUGAAAAAUGCAUGUUACGUUAUUCGGACCGAUUGAUAUUAGGAGUAAUGGAAGAUGUUCCUAUGUUUUCUUCAAAAAAUGAAAAUAAUUCAAGUGAUGUUGAUUUGUCUAAUGAAGUUGUUACUACUUUGUUAAAUAAUUUAACAAGUAGAGCUGUGAAAGGUGAUUCUAUGAUUAAAUAUGCUGCAGGUAGUCAACCUGGUCCUCAGUAUGAAGUUAUAUAUGGUUUGGUUCAAUGUACACCUGAUUUGUCUGAAACUGAUUGUAAUUCAUGUUUGGUUGAGAAUCUUCAACAAAUUCCUAGUUGUUGUAAUAAUAAGAUUGGUGGAAGAGUUGUUAGGCCUAGUUGUAACAUGAGAUUUGAAACUUCUUACCUUUUUUAUGAGCCUAGAGCAUCGCCGCCACCGCCGCCAUCAUCACCUCCUCCACCAGCCACUACGAAUGGUACUACUUUAUCACAAGGAAAAAGCAACAAUGGUGCUACCAUUGGCAUCGCUGUAGGAGUUCCAAUUGCUCUUGUUGCUAUGGUCUUCAUUUUUAUCUGCAUCUAUUUAAGAAUAAGGAAGCCAAAGAAAACGUUUGAAGAAAUUCAAGAAGAAGAAGAUGAUGAAGAAGAUAAAAUUGAAAGUCCUGAGCCACUACAACUCAACUUCAACACCAUACGUAAUGCUACAAAUGACUUCUCGCAUUCUAAUCAACUUGGAGAAGGCGGAUUCGGAGUUGUUUACAAAGGUAGGCUAUCCAAUGGACAAGAGAUUGCUGUUAAAAGGUUGUCAAUGAGUUCGGGACAAGGAGAUUCGGAGUUUAAGAAUGAGGUACUUUUGGUGGCUAAGCUUCAACACCGAAAUUUAGUUAGACUACUCGGUUUCUCACUAGAAGGAAGAGAAAGAGUACUUGUAUAUGAAUUUGUUCAAAACAAAAGUCUCGAUUAUUUCAUUUUUGAUCGAGUUAAGAAAGCGCAAUUAAAUUGGGAAAUGCGCUACAAAAUCAUUUUAGGUAUUGCUCGAGGCAUUCUUUACCUUCACGAGGAUUCUCGACUGCGCAUUAUUCAUCGUGAUCUCAAAGCAAGUAACAUUCUCUUAGAUGAAGAAAUGAAUCCUAAGAUAUCUGAUUUUGGCAUGGCAAGACUAUUUGGUGUGGACCAAACACAGGAAAACACAAAAAGAAUUGUGGGAACCUAUGGAUAUAUGGCACCUGAAUAUGCUAUGCACGGACAAUUUUCAGUGAAGUCGGAUGUAUUCAGUUUCGGUAUAUUGGUUCUUGAAAUCGUAAGUGGUUCAAAAAACAGUGGCAUUCGCGAUGAGGAGAAUACUGAGUAUCUAUCGAGCUUUGCAUGGAGGAAUUGGAAGGAGGGAACUGCAACAAGUAUCAUAGAUCCCACGUUAAACAAUGAUUCACGAAAUGAAAUGUUGAGAUGUAUACAUAUUGGAUUACUUUGUGUUCAAGAGAAUGUAGCUAGCAGGCCAAGCAUGGCUACUGUAGUAGUGAUGCUAAAUAGUGAUUCAGUUACUCUCCCAAUGCCUUUGGAACCUGCAUUUCAUAUGGAUAGCAGAAACCUUCAAGAUAUGAAAUCAUGGGGUCAUAGUUCAGCUCAAGAAUCAGUCAAUGGGUCUUCAAAUACAGAGCUGUAUCCUCGGUAGUUGUUGGAUUAAUUUCAGUCAUAUUCAUGUAAUAUACAUGAGCAUGUUUCAUCUUCAUGUAUGUAACACAUAAAGAUAUAGUCAUCAAUUGAGUAUUAGUUAUCUA